AUGUCAGGCCCAGAUGCAGGAAACGAGACCCCUGAUACGGGGAACAAGAGGCGCCGCACAUCGGGCAUGUACCAGCGGAGGCGUGCCGUAGCCGCCUGUGGGCCUUGUCGGGUCCGCAAGACAAAGUGCGAUAACAUCCGGCCCGCCUGUGGCUUUUGCCAACGGAACGGCGGUCUCUGUACUUACCCCGACAGUUCGAAUGAUUUCUCAACCUUUGACCCUGCCAGCUUGGCGAUACUUGACAGAAUUAAUCAUGUUGUCAAUCUCUUGGAAACUCGGCCACCGCCGCCGCCGCCUCCACCAGUUGAUCCUAUGUGCACAGCAAACUUUUCUCUUGGACAUCAGAUAAUAUCACCCACGUCAAUUGACGGCCCGCAACAUGGCGGAUCUUAUGCCGUUAUUAAUGAAACCCAAUGUCAAGCGGGUGACGGUUUACCCGAAGACGAUGUCAUGAUACGAUUCGACAUCCCAGAUCCUGCAGCAGCGAGCUCAAAUUGCGAAGCAAUUCUGCGAUGGCCUGCUUUCAGAGACAUGGUUCCUGAAAUAAACUCGUUCAUUCUCGAACAGGAAGAUGACGACCAGGACAGUCUCGGCCAGACAAGUGCUAUUGGGCCCAGGAACCUAGGAAGAGGUGUGCAAGAAGACGACUUCACUGUACUUUCCAAGAGAUUUCUCGCCUAUGUACACGUCAAAAACCCAAUACUCGACAUCUCUGACUUCAAAACACAUGUGAGAAACGCUGUCGAAAACGGUCCACGCUGGGACGGUCCAUCCUGCCUGGUAGCACCGAUUCAGCUUAUAGCUUGUGCCCUCGCCUGCUUAGCAACCCCUUUUCAGUCAGAAUCUAGCCUCAGUGGCACGCCUGAGUCCAUUCGGUCAUCAGCGUCUAACUCCACAGACCCAGACACCGCGCAAGCAUACUAUUUUGCAGCAAAAAAACGCCUAGGGCUCCUGCAGCCAUCUUUGCUUCAAGUGCAGUGUCUGUUUUUCUGUGGUGUGUUCGAGAUGUAUUCUCUUCGCCCGCUACCCGCUUGGUUCUACUUUAAUCAAGCCUGCGUCCAAUUUAAAAAUAUUCUCUGGAGACGGACGCAAAGACGGAUCCCCGAACAUACUGACCAAAAGGCACGACGUCUUGAGCAGCGACUGUACUGGUCUUGCAUGAAAUCCGAGUGUGAGUUGAGAUGUGAGAUACCGUUACCUUCGAGCGGGAUAACGCGAUUGGAUUAUCCCAACCUCUUUCCUUCGCCGCCAUCCGAAGUUGUUUCUCCAGCACCUCAGUCUAGCGCGGUAGAUGUUUUAGAAGACGACAUUCAACCAGAAGAGGAAAAGAGCUGGUUUUACUAUCUGGCUGAGAUCUCGUCGCGAAGGAUGAUGAAUCGUGCGAUAUCUGUGAUGGGCUAUCAUGGGGAAGAAGCCUGGAUUCGCAACGUCGCAAAAGUCAUUGAAAAAUGCGAAGACUUUGAUCAACAAAUUAAUGUCUGGUGCUGCCACAUCCCAUCGCAAAUCAACUGGCAGAACCACGAACUUUCGAACAACGAACUGGUUCACUACAUACAGAACCGAGCGAUAAGCUGUCGCGAAUGGAUUCAUCGUCCGUUCGUAUACUACGUAAUCCAUCAACCGUCCGACGACCCGUGGAUUAGCCGCGCCAUGCCCCUCGCGGAAAAGUGUCUCGAGAUCUCGGUCGAGCUGCUGCUCGACGCUAACCCGCACCAUCGCCAUCACGGAACAUGGUUCAUGGCCAGAGCGGCCAUGACCCGUGCCCUCUUGCUCCUGGCGGCGGUCAAGAGUGGCAAGUUCCGACUUCCGGACCGUUGGAAACAAGCGGUGGACUCGGCCACAUGGGCUCUGCAGCGCUGGUAUGGCGAAGCUCCGGACCUGCGCAGGGCAGCGUCCGUGCUGGAGGAUCUUGUUGGUCGGAUUGUCAGGGCUGAGGAGUAG